AUGUCGACUGGUGCAUAUCGGAUCAAAGAGAAAAAGGCUUGGAGAGACGACUCCAACAGUUUCGAAGAUAUUUCGAGAAAAAAGUUUUAGCGUGGUGUAUCAUAUAUAUACUGUAGUUUAUCUGAAGUAUCUCAAUAAUGUCAUCGACCUUUUUGAGGAAAAAAAAGGAAAUUAGACUUUCCAUCUGUCAUUUCCAUCUCUUGUGUUGAAGAAAUAAGUGUUUCACGAGAAAUGGAAAAAACAUACGAUGUAUUAUAUUUGAUCUCUAAGUCCGUACACAACCAUCCUAUGUCUAAAUUACAUAGUCAGACCACUCAUAUAUAUGUGAAGUAUGGUCCAUUGUCUCAAAGAAAUAAAUGGCUCACGAGAAAUGAAAAAAACAAACUACUGUAUUAUAUUUGAUCUCUAAGUCCGUAAGCAACUAUCCUACACAUCUAGAUUACAUAAUCAGACCACUCAGACAUAUGUGAAAUAUGAUCCAUAGUCAAA